UGAUGAAAAUCCCAAGAUAACUUCACUAUGUAAUCACAAUUUUCACCUAGGUUGUAUCUAUGAGUGGAUGGAAAGAAGCUCUACCUGUCCAAUGUGCUUUGAGGAAAUGAAAUUUCUUGAAAAUAUUUAGCAGCACGGCCUGAGAACAACUGAGGCUAGUCAAGAUCACUCAAGAGAAGAAAAUGGAGAACGCAGUGUCUAUUGUUAGAAACUUGCCAACGAAUAUGGGAACUUUUAUUGGAGUUUUUCUUCUGGCAGUCGACACAGAUUGGCAGGAUAAAGCUAGGAAGGAAGUGGUUCAACACUUUGGCCAGGAAAAUCCAUCGUCUGAUGGCAUUGCCAGGCUUAAAUCCAUGAACAUGAUUAUAAACGAGUCACUUAGACUCUACAAAUAUGGGGCAAAGAUGUUCAUCUCUUCAGACCAGAAAGAUUUUCUGAAGGGAUGGCUAAAGCGACAAAUAACAAUGCUGCAGCAUUCAUUCCCUUCGGUAUGGGGCCUCGGACUUGUGUGGGACUGAACUUCACAACAAAUGAAUCGAAGAUUGCACUUUCAUCACAACAAAUGAAUCGAAGAUUGCACUUUCAAUGAUCAAGGUACAAGUUCUCACUGUCCCCAAACAAUGUUCACCACCCUGCUGAUAUAUAUAUCCUCACCCGGAAAAAUGGAGUUAAAGUGAUACUUGAGAAACUUAACUCUUAGCAGAAGAAACUACUUAUUCUACUCCGAAGUUGUGAGUUGUUUGUAUAAUUAAUAUGUAAAUAGGAUUGAAGUUACAUAGAUUAUCGAAAUUAUGCAUUAAGUGUAUGAAAUUCAAGGAUUACAUUGAGUAUGGAGAAUGUGAGAUAAAUAAUAAU